AUGGCUGACUCGGUGCUCAACCACUCCUGGCCGGCCUUCCCCAAGCUGUGGCUGAAGCAGUGGGCCUUCAAGAGAGGCUCUGAGGCCAAGUCAUGUGUGAAGUCCUUUGACUCUGGAGCUGCAGCCUCAGCCACCACCAACAGCAGUGGUUCCUGCCCUGGACCCUGGAGAGCCGAGGCCUCGGGCUUUUUCUCCACCAUGGAGGAUGAGCAGGAAGAAGAUGGCAUUCUGGGACAGCUGGACGAGAGCUCUGAGGACCUCAGCCUGGACCUGGGGGCUCUUCAAGGCAGCGAGUACCUCCAGGACCUGGGCCUGGGGGCCCAUUCCCACGGCCAAUCUGCAAGAACCAGAGACAGUGCCCCCUCCAGCAAAGCUGGGGGAGAGUCACCCUUCUGCGCCUUGGCGAGGGCACUGGAUCCACGGGCUAGGAGGCGCAGCUGGGAGAGGUCGCGAAGCUGCUCCGAGAACUGGCAGAGGCUCAGCCUCGACUCUUUGGAGGCAGAAGAGGGACCCUCUCUCCCACGGACGCUGGCCAGCCUCACUCUGAACCUGCCUGGAGGAGGCCUGCAGGCUUGGACCAAAGGAUGCCCAUCUGGAAGUGAGAGCCCAGCAGAGCACCCAGACAAAGAAGUUGGUGUCGCAGAGAAAAGAGGACGGUCCAGGUCAUUUCCAGUGUCAGCCAACGAGAUCAGCUCCCUGAAACUCCCUCAGGAUUUGGAGGUGCCCAGUCCAGCAGUUCAAGGUCUGGACCCUCCGGUGCUGGAAAGCCUGGAAAAGGACCACGUGGAACCCGACCACGUGCUGAUCGUCCAGCAAGUGCUUCAAGAACUCCGACAGUACCAUGGGUCCCGGCAGAGGGCUCGGUUGUCAGCCAGCCCUGGUCCCCCCCACUCCAACAUCACCUGGUUCGAGUUCCUGUCUGAGAAUGAGGACAGUGGAGGCAGAGCAGAGCAAAGCAGCAGAGGCACCAGAGUGAGGCGCAGUCUCAGCUCCCUGCGCAGCCGGGUCACCAGGCAGAAGGAGAAGGGCAAGAGCCCAGCCCAGCUGAAGGACAAGGGCCAGGACGCUCGAGAGAGGCGGGAGUGUGUCAGCGGACACCAGCUGGUGCCAGGGACCUUCUGUGGCCACUCCAACUGCCCCCUGUGCGGCAAACCCUUCCUGAGAUCUGCAAGAUCACGUAUGGUGGGCAGGUUCCAACUCCUUGGAGGCAAGGAUGACGCUGCCCGCAGGCCCCGGCCCUUGGCGGGUAAAUCAGCAGCUUGCCAGGGUCCCCAGGGAGCCUCGCUGAAGGAGCAUCCCCGGGGCACCCUCCUGUCCCCCGACAGCAGCCCAGCCCUACCCAGGAAUGUCGGCAUGACGGUCCCACCGAAGGGGGUUUCACCGCCAGCACCGAGCACAGCCGGAGUGGGGACAGGACUCGGACCCAUCACAGGAGAAAUGGAUGAAGCCGACUCGGGGUUUCUAAAACUCAAGCAGACAGGGGACGACUCUGUCUCACUGACCUCCUCCAAUGCCGAGUCCAUUUUUGUUGAAGACUUCUACGCCGCCCCUCUGAGGAGCGAGUUCGAAUCCGAUGCCCACGAGCUGGAGGCUGAGUCCUGGAGCUUGUCAGUGGACCCGGUGUACAUGAAGGCACAGAAGCGAGAGGUGGUGAAGAGACAGGACGUCAUAUACGAGCUGAUGCAGACGGAGAUGCACCAUGUGCGCACACUCAAGAUCAUGCAGAAGGUGUACUCCCGGGCCCUGCACGAGGAGCUGCAGUUCAACAGCAAGGCCAUCGGCCGCCUCUUCCCAUGCCUGGACGACCUGCUGGACAUACACGGCCACUUCCUCACGCGGCUCAAGGAGCGCCGCCAGGAGUCCCUGGAGGAGGGCAGUGACCGCAAUUACAUCAUCCAGAAGAUCGGGGACCUCCUGGUGCAGCAGUUCUCCAGCGAGAGCGGAGAGAGGCUCAAGGAGAAGUACGGCGUCUUCUGCAGCAGCCACAACGAAGCCGUCGGCCACUACAAGGUGCUGAUGCAGCAGAACAAGAAGUUCCAGAACCUCAUCAAGAAAAUCGGCAGCUUCUCCAUCGUGCGGCGGCUGGGUGUCCAGGAGUGCAUCCUGCUGGUCACGCAGCGCAUCACCAAGUACCCGGUGCUGGUGGAGCGCAUCGUGCAGAACACGGAAGCUGGCACCAAGGAUUAUGACGACCUGACGCAGGCCCUGAACCUCAUCAAAGACGUCAUCUCACAAGUGGACGCCAAGGUCAGCGAGUACGAGAAAGGCCAGCGCCUCCGCGAGAUCGCCGGGAAGAUCGACUUCAAGUCCUCCAGCAAGCUCAAGAACGGGCUGACCUUCCGCAAGGAGGACGUGCUGCAGCGCCAGCUGCACCUGGAGGGCACGCUGUGCUGGAAGUCCACGUCGGGGCGCCUCAAAGACAUUCUCGCUGUCUUGCUGACCGAUGUCCUGCUGCUGCUCCAGGAGAAGGACCAGAAGUACGUCUUUGCGUCCGUGGACUCGAAGCCACCCAUCCUGUCCCUCCAGAAGCUCAUCGUGCGCGAGGUGGCCAACAAGGAGAAAGCCAUGUUCCUCAUCAGCGCCUCGCUCCAGGGGCCUGAGAUAUACGAGAUCUACACCUCCUCCAAGGACGAGCGCAACUCCUGGAUGGAUGAAAUCCGCAGGGCUGUGGAGAGCUGUUCAGGCAUGGAAGAGGGAUCCUUCAGCGAAGCCGAUGAGGAAAGGAAGAGGAUUGAGGCCCGGGCCAUGAGGCUGAGGGAGUUUCAAGAGCGCCUGACCGUCAAAGACCAGCUGAUCACCCAGAGCCUCAGCGAGAAGCAGCAGAUCUUCCUGGAGAUGUGGGAGCUGAGCGGGUUCGAGGACAGCACCCAGGGCUCCCAGGCCCGGCUCCUCUUCCGGGGAGGGGACCCCUCCGAGAACCUGCAGGGGGAGCUGAUCCUCAGGUCCGCCAUGACUGAGAUCGAGGACAUCCAGAGCCUGCUCUGUAGGAGGCUGGGCAGCACUAACGGGCAGGCAGAGAACGGCAGUGGCCCCAGCACCCUGCCCCGGAGGGCGGAGACCUUCGCAGGCUACGAAAACAGCAGCAGCAUGAGUGACUUGUGGUUUUCAGGUGGCAGUUUCCAGAAGAAGGCCAGCAGCCCCGACCCCAAGCCCCUCGACUGCAGAGGCCCAGCCAGCAGCCCCAAUGGGAGGGCCAGCGACUCCCCGGGGCCCCCCGAGGAAGCUCCCCAGGAGCCGGGUGUAGACGGCAGCCCCUGUGGCCUGGAGUCGGAGGUAGGCCUUGAGCUCCAUGGUUGUCCACACCCUGGAGCCACCCUCACAACUGCAAGCAAAGAACAGAGUCUGCCUCUCCCACAGCUUGUCCAGCGGGUCCAGACGCUGUCGCAGCUGCUCCUGAGUCUGCAGGCAGUCAUCGCGCGGCAGGACAGCUUCGUGGAGGUGCAGCGGGCCAGCAUCCAGGAGCGCGAGCAGCAGCUGCGGCUGCAGUCGACGCGCGGGAACCUGCUGUUGGAGCAGGAGCGCACGCGCGCCUUCGAGAAGCAGCGCGAGGAGCUGGCGGGCGUGCAGAAGCUGCAGGGCCAGCUGCGCCAGGAGCAGCAGCGCUGGGAGCGCGAGCAGGCGCGGCAGCAGCGUGAGCUGGAGCUGACGGCGGCGCGGCUGCAGGAACGCGAGGGCGAGGUGCAGCGGCUGCAGGAGCAGCUGGACCAGGAGCGCCAGGAGCUGGAGCGCCAGCGGCAGGCCUACCAGCACGACCUGGAGCACCUGCGCGAGUCCCAGCGCGCUGUGGAGAAGGAGCGCGAGCGGCUGGAGCAGCUGCGGAGGCUCAAGAAGCAGAACACGGCGCCCGAGGAGGCGGAGGUGCUGGCAGGGCGCGCCCAGCCCCCAAGCCACCCUCCCAGCUUCAACGGAGAAGGACUGGAAGGGCCCCCGGGCCUGGCGCAACUGUCAGGGGUGUGGAUGAGCACACUGCUGUCCAGUGCCGGGCCCGACCACACAGAGCACCCCAAGGUGGCCCGCCGGGACAGUGCACCAGCCGAGAGCCGCCUGACCAAGAGAGACGUACCCAUCCAGCUGCUCAGCAGCACCAACCAGACGCAGCAGCAGCGGCAGCGGCAGGCGGCCGUGCAGCAGCAGAUCCCCACAAAGCUGGCCACCUUCACCAAGGGCAGCAGGGACAAAGGCAAGAGCCAGCGCUGGGACAGCUCAGCCUCCUUUGACCUGAAGCAGCAGUUCCUCCUGGGCAAACUCAAGGGGAAGGAUGACGGCCUGGGGCGCCCCCACCACCCGCUGAGCCCCAUCCUGCUCAGUGGCCAGACCCCAGCACCCUCAGAGAAACCUCCAUUCCUGUCCGCUGUGGUCACGGCCAUGUUUGCGGAGACCAUGACCAAUCUAAGGGCCACUGAGGCCCCGAGGUGGGGCCCACUGACCUCAGCCACACGCACAGCGGCCGCGGGCUCAGCCCCCUUCCCGCCAGGCCCGGCCAUCCCUCCUCACGAGGCCAAAACACUGGUCCUGGGUGGGGAGCCACACUGCCAGCGAGCCCGUCUCCCCAGUGACCGCCAGUGCCUGGGACCCUGUGAGACUGCUGAAGCCACCGCCUUGGGCCAACUUGUGGAGUCGCCCUCUUUCGCUGACCCCCCACUGGCCUUGCAUGGCCACCAGCCUGUGCAGCCCACAGCCAGCUGCUCCUGUCCAGCACAGAGUCCAGGUCCUUCCCCACCCCGGCCCCACCUCAGGCCCGACGACUCCACACUCAGCGUCCUGCGGGAUGGUGCCUUCAGUGCAGGCAGAGCAGAGCCCAGGACUGCCGGGCAUCAUGCGGUCAGCCACCUGCUGGCCCAGGCCCACAGGACACCAGCUGCUCUGUACCACCCGAGCCUGGAACCGGCCACACUCCUGCUCAACCCCCCACCCCCGUGCACCCAGGAUACUCCCGGCUUCAUGGCGGUCCAGCCCCAGCCCGAGAGUAUCGGCCUGCUGGUCAGGAAAGGGCGGAUCCUGAGAGCAGAACUGCACACCUGA